GGGCGAUCCUCGGUGUUUGGCAUUUUCGAAGGCAACUCCUCCUGGGGUAGUCUAAUCUGCGUUCGCCGAGAGAAUGGAAAUAUCAUAUUUAUGCCCGUGUUGCCUCGCUUUCAUUCAUUAUCCUCCCGACAACAACAACCUGUGAUACCCUCAAACCUCGAAGACCGGAGUAAAACGAUCUUUGGGCCUCGAAAAGUUUUCUUCAUUUUCGCACCAUACACAUCAUCAACAUGGCCCCCGUCGCAGUCGCCCAAGAAACCCCCGUGUUCAACACCAAACGUGACGGGCAGGCCCUUGAGGACCUCUCGGACGCCAUCGACACAGUCAAUGUUCUCAAGACCAACCUGAAAGAGGAGAAGGAGAAGGGUCUCUACGAGGAAUCUGAAUUCGACAAGGAGAAGGACAAGACCAAGUUCCGUCAGUACGAGGAUGCCUGUGACCGGGUCAAGAACUUCUACAAGGAGCAGCACACCAAGCAGACGGUGGCAUACAACCUCAAGGCGCGCAAUGCAUUCCACGCGAAGACCCGGGCGGAGAUGAGCGUGUGGGAGGCGAUGGAGAAGCUGAACACGUUGAUCGACGAGUCCGAUCCGGACACCAGCCUUUCCCAGAUCGAGCAUCUCCUGCAGUCCGCGGAGGCGAUCCGCCGCGACGGCAAGCCCCGCUGGAUGCAGCUGACCGGGCUCAUCCACGACCUGGGCAAGCUGCUGUACUUCUUCGACGCCCAGGGCCAGUGGGACGUCGUCGGCGACACCUUCCCCGUCGGCUGCGCCUUUGACGAUCGCAUCAUCUACGGCCGCGAGUCGUUCAAGGAGAACCCGGACUUCGGCCACGAGAUCUACGACACCCAGUACGGCAUCUACAGCCCCGGCUGCGGGCUGGACAAUGUGAUGAUCUCCUGGGGCCACGACGAGUACCUCUACCACGUCGUCAAGGAGCAGUCCACCCUGCCCGCCGAGGCCCUGGCCAUGAUCCGCUACCACUCCUUCUACCCCUGGCACAACGCUGGCGCCUACCAGGAGUUGAUGAACGAGAAGGACAAGGAGAUGUUCAAGGCCGUCAAGGCCUUCAAUCCCUACGAUCUGUACAGCAAGAGCGAUGGCAUCCCCAGCGCCGAGGAGCUCAAGCCAUACUACCUCGAGUUAAUCGACGAGUAUUUCCCCAACAGGGUCCUCAAGUGGUAGAUGAUACCCUGGAUGAAUAGAAGAGAUUGUAUGCCAUCCAGUCUACCACCUGAGCCAUGUAGGAUUGUCUGGCUUGGUUGUUUGUUUCAAAGAUCUGUUUUCACUUUAUUUCUUUGGCUUUCACGGUAUGAACUCAAGCGAUGAUUCACGAACACACUCUACAAUGUUAUUUUCCAA